AUGCCAACAGUCCCCAGGGCUCCCUCCUCCAUCCUAUCCUCAGUGACGGUCGACGUUGAAGCGUUCCAGUCCUCCGCUUCCGUCGCACACCCGUGGUGGAGCGGCGACGAGUUCUCCCCCGCUGCGAGCACCAACGCCAUUGAUCUCGGCUUCGCGUUCCAGAGCGCCGGCGCGAUCACCAUCAACCCCGCAUUCGUGAAGCGGCGCAGCCUGUGGACACGCGUUGUCCACGUACUUUCCCGUAACACCUUGGUGCGCCGCUCCUCGAGCUCCUCGACCGCUUCGAUGUCUUCAGCCAAGUCGCAGGCCGCCGCGUACGCUGCUCGUCGAUGCCCCUACUCGUCGUGCACUCACGCCGUUUGCAACCGCAACUAG